AUGGCCGCCGACGCGACACCACCACCGCCUCCACCUCCCGCAGGCAAAGAUGCGCCGAGCAACAAAAUCAGCGACGUGAUAGCCAGCUUCCGGCCCACUCGGCGCUUCAAGCCCGAGAAGAGCACGACGUCCGUAACGUCUCUGGACUUCGACGACUCCGGCGAGCUCGUAAUCGUGGCGCGGGACGACGACACGCUGCAAAUCUACAACUGCAAGGAAGGGAAGCAUGCGAAAGAGCUCAAGAGCCAGAAGUACGGCGUGCACCUCGCGCGCUUCUCGCACCAUGCGCAGAGCAUCAUCUACGCCAGCACCAAAGUCGACGACACGAUCCGCUACCUCUCCACCCACGACAACUCCUACAUCCGCUACUUCCGCGGCCACACCGACACCGUGACCUGCAUUACCGUCUCCCCCUCGACCGACCAAUUCCUCUCCUGCAGCGCCGACAACACAGUGCGGCUCUGGGAUGUGCGUUCCCAGCACAGCCAAGGCCACCUCAAACUGCACGCGCCCUACCUCGCGGCCUACGACCCCUCUGCCACCGUCAUCGCUAUCGCAUCUCCGCCCACUCAGUCCAUCAUGCUGUAUGAUAUACGCAACUACGACAAGCCGCCGUUCGCAACGUUUGAUCUGCAGAGCGACGAGCAGCGCUACACCCCCCAGUCGACCGGGCACGACUGGACACGUCUCGAGUUCUCGAACGAUGGGCAGAAGAUCCUGAUCGGCACAUCCGGGCCCGGCCACUUCGUGCUCGAAGCCUUCGAGGGCGCCUUGACCCAUUUCUGCGUCCGAAAAGGCGGACACUCUGGUCGCAAAGCGCCGGGGGACUUCUCCGCGAACGGCGUCGCGGGACAGGGCGAUAUGUGCAUCACGCCGGACGGGAAGUACCUCGUCGGCGGGUCUGGGGAGGAUGGUCUGCUGGUGUGGGAUCUUAGCGCGGAUCCUGCGCCGGAUAAGGUGCUGAGACCUUUUGCGGAGUUGCCAGGGCCAGGGAAGGGGGCGGUUGUGGGCUAUAAUCAGAGGUUCAAUAUGUUGUGCUCGGCGGAUAGGGAGUUGUUGCUCUGGUUGCCUGAUCCAGAUUCUGUCGGAUAA